UAUAAGUUAUAACCACUUCCAUAGUUCGGAUUAGGUAGAACUUAAAAUCCAUUAUGUGGGCCAAAAAAUACACGUUGUUAUUAGUUUACCGGGCCAUGAAGGCCGGAUACUUCUACUAGUUUUCGGCCCAGUCCCAGGAAGUCAAUAAGUGAGGCGGGAGAAGAGAGUGUUUAUGUUCGGCGCCGAAGAAGCGAUCUGGGCGAAGAGAGCGGUCAAUUUGGGAAUUGGGCCUGUAGGAAGCUGGGCCAAGAUGAGGAUUGAAGCCCUCCAGGACUGGAUAGUUUGGGCUGGGGUCCUUGAGAGGACCGGCCUGGAAAUUCUUGAGAAUUGCAACUUGCAAGUCAAGGUUUAGACUUGAGGUCGGAAUAGGAAAAAGAGACCAUUGGAAAAGAUCACUUAUGACGGUAGUUCAACAUGCAAAUUAGCAUUCUAAUAGAGCUCAAAGAAAAUUUUAGAUGUCAGACUUCCAAUUACAAUUAUUUUAUAACAAAAACUUGAAUGUGAUCAUGAUACAUUCAACAUGGAUUUAGUCCAUCUAAGCAGACCAAGUUUACUCCAUUAUUACUCUCUAAUCUACAAAAUUAAGCAAAUGAAAAUGCUAGAUAAUGAGUCCAUACCUAAACCUACAAUAUGAGUUUUGACUUUCUGAAAAGACUUGCCACUUCUCCACACCCCCACCUCCCCUCCUUCCAAUGACAGACUUCAACAAGAGAGUUGAAAAGCAAAAGUUCAAGGAAAUAGACACAUACAAUUAUACAUGGCUUGGGUAACUUCCCCUUUUUUCAAAGAUGGCUUGUGUAACACUGUGCAAGGGUCAAAGACAAGCAUGGUUGUCAUGCCGGUGACAUGCCACUCGGUUGAACCUGGUUCAACUUGUACCGGUCAUGAAACCGACAUGACACUAUCGGUAUGAUCGACUUAUGCAUUUUAAGUAAAAUGACAUCAUUUUAAUGAAUUUAAUGAAUAAAAAAAUUAAUUUAUUAUUUAUUUUAUGAUUGUAAUAGUUAAAAGUUGAUGAUAUUUGUUGGAUUGUAACUAAAUUGUCCACAAAUAUAUUUUAUAUAUGAUUAAAUACAUUGGAUAUUAAUUGUUAUCACAUUUUUUUAAACCGGCAUGAACCGGCACAAACUGGUUAUACCACCGGUCAUACCAUUCCACUUACUAAACUGGCACAACGGUAUAAAACGGUUUGACAACCUUGAAGACAAGUAGUGAUUUGGAGGGUAACAUUUAUUACUUAGUAACCAAUAAUCAACACCACUCCCAUGGUAUUGUUAUUGUAUGGGUCACUUAACCCAAAGAUGUUACAACCUACAACUAGGGUUCAUACUUUAUCAUGAACCCCUCCCAAGUUGAGUUAAAGGUUAAGAAGGCACAACCACAAAUCUUGACUAACAAAAUUUUAAAAUAAAUAAGAAAAAACCCCCACCAAAUUAUCAUCAUCAUCACUCACUCACUGACUCUCUGAUCAUCAUCAUCAUCCCUCCAUUUCCAUCCAUCCCAUCUCUAAUCAUCUUUCCUCUAUCUCUAUCUCUCUCUCUUACUUUCCUUCAAGCUUCAACCUUUCCCAAAGUAUCUCCAAAUCUCCAUGGCCAGAUCCUCCACAGUUUCCAUCACCACCCAGAAACCUCUACUUGGGUAACUUCAGUUUCUCAUUUCAUGUAGCUUCGUUGAAUGUUUGAACCAUGGAGGUACUAGCAGCCGUCUCACCGCACCCACCAGCUCCGACCACCGCCAACAACAGCAACAGCCCGUCUCCCAAAUCCCCAGAGCCCGAAUCCGAGACGCCCACCCGGAUCCAACCACCCAAGCCGCUCUCCUUCACCAACGGAGUCCUCAAACGCCACCACCACCUCCGCCCUCCGCCGCCGUCGCCGCCUGCCGCCGUCGCCUACAAGGAAUGUCUCAAGAACCACGCCGCUUCUUUGGGCGGCCACGCUUUGGACGGAUGCGGCGAGUUCAUGCCUUCCCCCAACACCACCCACACCGAUCCCACUUCAUUGAAAUGCGCCGCCUGCGGCUGCCACCGCAAUUUCCACCGCCGGGAACCGGAAGACAACCCCAACACCCAUAAUCCUCUGGCUCUGCCGCCGCCGCUCGCCGCCAUCGAGUACCAUCCGCACCACCGCCACCACCCUCCGCCGCCAGCACCGCUUUCGGCGGCGCCCCCUCGCAGCCCGAAUUCCGCCUCCCCGCCGCCGAUCUCGUCCUCCUACUACCCUUCCGCUCCCCACAUGCUGCUUGCCCUUUCCGGGUCGGGCCUCGGCGAAAACCCGAACCCGAAUCUCGCAACCGUUUCCCUCCACCACCACAGCUCGUCGUCGAGGAAGCGGUUCAGAUCCAGGUUCACCCAGCACCAGAAGGAGCGGAUGCACGAGUUCGCGGAGCGGGUCGGGUGGAAGAUGCAGAAGAGCGACGAGGAUCUGGUGCUGGAAUUCUGCAACGAGGUCAAGGUGGAUAAAGGGGUUCUCAAAGUCUGGAUGCACAACAACAAGAACACCUUCGCCAAAACCCGGGUCAGUGGUAGUAGUAAUACUAAUAAUAGCCUUGGCCUUCACCACCACCACCACAGCGCCGCCGCAAGCGCCGGCGGCGUGAGCAAUAACGGGGAUGGUUUGAAUCACAACCACUACCACCACCGUCUGUUUGAGGGUGAUAAUGUCGGCGGCGCUAAUGGGUCAUCUUCAUCAUCUUGAAUCUUGAAUCUUGAUCUUGAUCUCUCCCCCAUCCCUCGAUCCAAAUCGAUGAUUUGGCCGGUAAUUAAUAAGUACUUAUGAGUAGGUAGUAGUUUAGAGAGCAGCAAGCAAGCAAUUAAAGGCAUUUCCAUGACCAGUUCUCUUAUCUGUCUCUUCCUCCCUUUCCAUUAAUUUCCUGAUUUUGUAUUCUAAUUAGAGCUUUCCUUUUGGCCUUUUUUGUGCUUAAUUAAUGAUGAUUACUGCUGUGGUUUGACAUGAUUAGAAAAGGAAGAAUCUUCAGCUUAAUCUCGAUCAACCCGUGUGGUACUGCUGCUCUCUUUGCAUGUAGAUCUGUGUAAGACUGUAGAUUGCUUUGCUUGGCUUAACGCGUCUUGAAACCAAAAUCUGAGAAAUGGGUCUAUGCUUGAUUUUCACUCUUUAGUAUCAUAUGAUUCCUUGUUGAUGGAGUUUGGUGGUGCGAUGGGAAGGAUUGAUUGAUUGAUUCUCCUUAUCUUCUUCGUGUCCGGGUGAAUGCAGCAAAAAGGUGGUGUGUUUGGGUUGGGGUGGACCGUUACAUGUUACUAUUAUCUUAACAUAUCUAGCAUUUGGUGGUGUUAUUAUUAUAAUGUAAGAUUGAUGGAUUUCUUUAUAUGCACUUCUUUGUUUUGGAUGGAUUACUUUUAUGUUAAGACAAUAAUGGAAAGAAGAGGAUCUUAAUCUGAUUAUUUAAUUAGGGAAUGAAUGGAAUGGAUGAUGGCCUUUUGGGGUGGAUUUGGUUUUAUAUUGGGGGGUGUUUAGGGGUGUCUUAUUAGUUUAUUCAUUAGCCAAAUAGGGGUUUGGUCACUUGUUGGGGGUACAAACCCAAUUAUUAGAUGUGGGUUCUGAUUUGAGGAUGGAAAUUAAAAUAUAGAAAUGAAGCUCUAUAUAUAUAUAUAUAUAUAUGUGUAUGUGGUCAUAUCUUAUCUGGGAUUGUGUUUAUUAUCUUGAAGAAUCAAUUGCUUUCUUUCUUUGAUUUUGCCCUCAAUGUGGCUUUGCUUUAUUAUAUUCUUGUGGAAUAUAUAAAUACAGUAAAGAUCCUUAAAAGGGGAAUUCUUUCAAGUCCUUUGGACCAUAAAGAUAAACAAACCACCACUUUAGUGGGUUAUGAGUUACAACAUCCAAUAAUAAGAGGUAAAGUUACAAGAACCUUAAUUAACUUUGGGUCAAACAAGAACCCUUUUAAUCUCGUUCAUGCUUAUUAACCCACUCAUCUUGUUUGUCUUUAUAUGUAAGUUGCAACACUAGUUGACAAUCAUUUGGCAAAAUAAUUAAGCAUAAUCUUAUCUCAUACCCUACUUGAAAGGGAAGCAGAAAGUGGGUUGAUGCACUAAUGAACCUAGUUGUUAUGGAGGGAAGCAUCAAGCAAGGUACAAUCAUUCGGUCGAGAUUACAAAAAACGUGCAAGUUUGAUCACUCAAAAUAUUUAAAUCCAUUGGUGGUACUUCAGUUUACUGAAACCGUUCACGUUUGCCACGUCACUCAUUUAACAGUCAAUUUUUUGAGUUGACCGCCACGUAACCAAAAGUUAACAGAGUUGGACGGAGAGUGACCAAAUGUGAACGGUUUCAGUAAACUGAAGUACCACCAAUGGAUUUAAAUAUUUAGAGUGACCAAACUUAAACUUUUUUUUAAUCUCGGUGACCAACAAUGCAAUUGACCCUACAAUCAUUCAACUAAAUUUGGGGUAGUAUCAAGAAUGCGAUCCAAUUAUGCCAUGGAGAAGAUUGAGCUUGAGAGCGAGCAAGCUAUUUAGCUCUUAGUUGCUCUAUAUUUUGAUGAGCUUGAAAGAGUUCUUUUUUCACUGCUCAUCUAGAAAAAUUAAAAUUAGUCUAUAGAUUGGAAGGGUUUGCAACUCUGCUUGGAGUUGACGCGGUGGGACUUGAACACACCAUAUCCAAGUCGCAUUGUCGUUGAGUUUGCAUGUUUGUUGUUGUAUAGUAGUAUUUAGUAUUAUUAGCAUAAUAAAUAAUAAUUAACAUA